AGCACAUUGCCAAUGGCGUCAUCAGGAGGAGGCGGGGCCCGAGUAUGUUCUGGCUGGUAGGGGUGGAGCCAAAAAGGGUCAAGGUCUUCAUGAUUAUUUUCCAGGGAAUUUAAACAAAAUUAAGUUGCUUUCUACUCUCUGCCUGGUUGUGUAAGCCCUACUAGAUAUCUCCCCGUGUAUUCACUGAGCCUCACUUUCCCCACUUCUAAUUGGAGAUGACUUCAUUGGCUUCCCCGGGGUUCUCAGAUGCAGAUGGUUCUCCAGGAUGAAAAUUUUGUCAGUAAAGAAGAGUUCCAGGCAGUGGAAAAGAAGCUGGUGGAAGAGAAAGCUGCCCAUGCCAAGACCAAGGUCCUCCUGGCCAAGGAAGAGGAGAAGUUGCAGUUUGCCCUCGGAGAGGUAGAGGUACUAUCUAAACAGCUGGAGAAAGAGAAGCUGGCUUUUGAAAAAGCGCUCUCCAGUGUCAAGAGCAGAGCCCUGCAAGAAUCCAGUAAGAAGGACCAGCUCAUCACCAAGUGCAAUGAAAUUGAGUCUCACAUUAUAAAGCAAGAAGAUAUACUUAAUGGCAAAGAGAAUGAGAUUAAGGAGUUGCAGCAAGUUAUCAGCCAGCAGAAACAGAUCUUCAGCCCAUGCCCAGCCAGCUCCAUUGCAGGAAUCACAUGUCUGACUACCGGAUCCAGAAGCAACAGGAGAACUACAUGGCCCAAGUGCUGGACCAGAAGCAUAAGAAAGCCUUGGGGACGCGUCAGGCCCGGAGCCACCAACAUCCCAGGGAAAAAUAAAAUUGUCUUCACCUUCCUGUUCUGUAGCUGUAAUGCUGGACCUCUGCCUUCUCUGCUCUGGGGGUCCCCAUCCCUGUAGGUUUCUGCUUCUGCCACGUCAGGCCUCACCGGUGCCCUGACUCCCAGAGAAGAGGCAGAAGGCACUCUUUUUU